UACACAUAGUUUUAUUCAUAAUUACUGGAGAAGAAAAGAAAGAAAGAUCGAUAAAUAUAACUGGCAAAAGGAAAGGGGUGGAAGAAAUGGAAGAGAUUGAGAUAGUAAUAGGAGGUGGUGGCAUAUGCGGUCUGGCAACUGCUUUGGCUCUUCACAGGAAAGGAAUAAAGAGUGUGAUUCUGGAAAGAGCAGAAUGUAUUCGUGAGACGGGAGCUGCCAUCGGUGUCUUCCCAAAUGGCUGGCGAGUUCUUGAUCAGCUUGGCGUUGCCUCGGACCUCCGCUCAACUGCCCUCCAACUUCUCGGUGGAAGGAGUGUAUCAAUUCACAACGGCAACCGGCGUAGAUCGACAAAUUCACUCAUCUCGCACGUUGACAAACCCAUAGUUGGGGAAUGUCAGUGCCUGAAACGGAACGAUUUAGUCAACGCACUCGCCAAUCAUCUUCCAUCUGGAACCAUUCGGUUUAAUUCCCAAAUCAUUUCAGUGGAGUUGGACCCUUCGUCUUCCUACCCUAUUCUUCACCUUCAAGAUGGAAAAACCAUUAGAGCCAAGGUUUUGAUCGGAUGUGAUGGGGCCAAUUCAGUAAUAGGUGACUUUCUGGGACUAAAGCCAAAAAGGUUAUUCGGUUUAUUGGCCGUGAGAGGAUUUACAGAGUAUCCAGAGCGCCAUGGGUUGCCCAUGGAGGGUGUAAGAAUGAGAAGCGGCAACACCAUGUCGGGAGGAGCUCCUGUCAACGAUCACCUAUUAUAUUGGUUCUUACUUCACAAAUGGAAUCCUACCGAUAUUGCGAAAGCGGGACAUGAUCCGAAGCAGAUACAAAAAGAAGCUAUAGAGACAUUAAUCGAGCACAAAUUUCCAGCUGAAAGAAUUGAGGUAGUCAAGAGGUGUGAUCUAAAUUCAUUAUCGCUCACUCAUUUGAGUUAUAGGCCACCGUGGGAGGUGCUGUUGGGAAGCUUUCGGAGAGAGACGGUAACAGUGGCGGGAGAUGCGAUGCAUGUAAUGGGUCCAUUUUUAGCUCAAGGUGGGUCGGCAGCCAUGGAAGACGCAGUGGUGUUAGCGAAGUGUUUGGCGAAAAAGCUUGAUUCAAAACAAAAGAUUGAAGAAGCUUUGGACGAGUAUAUAAAAGAAAGAAGGAUGAGACUGGUUUGGCUGUCUACACAAACCUAUCUUGUUGGUUCGUUGCUUGAUACUUCCUCGUUAAUUAAGAAAAUAUUUAUUAUGAUUUUCAUGGCUGUGCUCUUCCGCGACCCAAAUGCUCAUACCAAGUAUGAUUGUGGACGCCUCUAAUUCUAAUAUAUUCCGGAUUAAACUUCAAAUUUUUUGAUCAAAAUUACAAUAAAAGGUAUAAGUAUCUGUUAAACACUAGUAAAUUGUAUGUUGUACGCUGUUAUUUAUUAUUAUUUCAGUGGUGGAUGCUUACCCAUUAAAUAUUUU